CGACUGUCAAAAAACCAAAACAAUCCGCAGCGCCACUGCUGGCGCAAACCGAAACUACAGGUGGUGCCCGGCGUGUUUACAAAACAACGAGCGUCCGGAACCGCGUUUUUCCGGAGCGGGAAAGCGGAGAAAAACUCGGCGCGAGUGGUGAUCACGAUGAACAGCCACGGCAUUUUUGGUCGGUUAUUUUGCAACAGUGUGUUCGGUCGUCCUGCUACAGCCCAUCGUUCGUUGGCCACUAAAGUGCUGAAGGAAAAUACGAAAGCUGCGCGUGCUAAAAAAUCGAGAACGGUGGAUUCCGCGGCCGGAACAACAGUUGCCGAUCCUGUGACCGUUCCUAAAGACGUCCAGGACUACUUUCAGUCAAGGGAUGCCUCCGUCUUAAGCCUCUUUCCACCGAACUUGCUCCGCAAGUGCAGCCAAAACACGGAACGAUUCUACGUAGCUGACCGAUCAACCGCCCUGCAAGUAGCCGACAUUUUAACGCGCGAUCUACCGACGGAUCGACUGCUGGUUGAGGUGAAUCCCGGUCCGGGUUUGCUAACAACCGAGCUAUUGAAGCAACACAAACAAAACCUGCGAGUCUACGAGACGGAAGCUUCUUUUGAGGAUCGGCUGAAAACGCUUGGCCUGCCCGACAAUGCAUUCCGGAAAGCGGAUUUUAACGGUUUGUGGCGCCUGGCAUACUUGGACAGCUUCGAUGGAGGGCAGCGAGCAGCGAAUCUGUUGAACGAUCUUCCACACAAACGCCGGUGGCAGGAUGAGGUGAAUUUUCGCCUCUUUUCGGUCAUUGGCUCCGUCAAGUUCCUGCGGUAUCUUAUGAACUCGAUCACGCACCAGAACGAGUUCUACUCGCUCGGUCGCUAUGAGAUGAUUCUGGCCAUGUCGCCUCUUCUUUUCUCGCAUAUUGCAUCGACCAGAGAAUCCGGUUACAAGUUAUACCGUGGCGGUACCAUCGUGUUUCAGACAUACUUUGAGCAUGAACUGGUCGGUACUAUUCCCCGGCGCCACUUGGUGCCUUGGUUUCACUCUAGCAACACGAAAAAGCUCCGAACGUUACACCAAAAACUACUACGAGAUGGUGCCGACGAAUGGUAUCUGGUGAAGAUAGUGCCUCGUAAAAAACUAUAUGAAUAUCUGCCACCGGAUAACCUGGCACUGUUUGCUUCCUUCGUGACACAGCAUUUCGUGAGCAGGAAGAAUCGCAUUAUACCAACUCUAGAACACUGGAUACCGAACUGUGGCGCACGGUUGAUAAUGAACCCGAACUACACUAAACCACUAAAGAAAGAGCAGAAACCAGAGAUUACACUUCCAAGUCAGCUGUUAAAGUCGGUGCCUUUGGAUGCGAGCGAUUAUGUUGAGAAAAUGACAAUCUACACGGAGUUUGGCGAGCUGACCCCAUCGCAAGUGCUGACACUGUUCAACGAGUUUAUCAACUGGUCCGAGUUCCACCAGUCCCCGUUCGUGCAGGCAGUUGAAGGCCAAAAGCCCAAACAGCGCACGUUACGCCGUUUGGUAGAGGAUGAGGAUCCCCUAGUCGAUGCACCGGAUGAUCCCGUGCCAACGCAACGCAAAAAGUUAAAUAAUAUACAGUAGUGCCGUGUCAGCUA